AUGGACGCGGUGCUGCUGGAGCACUUCCCCGGGGGCCUGGAUGCCUUUCCGUCUCCUUACUUUGACGAGGAGGACUUCUUCACUGACCAGUCCUCUCGGGACCCUCUGGAGGACGGUGAUGAGCUGCUGGCCGACGAGCAGGCAGAGGUGCAGUUUCUCAGCCACCAGCUGCACGAGUACUGCUACCGCGACGGGGCGUGCCUGCUGCUGCAGCCCGCGCCCUCGGGGGCCCCGCACGCGCUCGCCCAGCCGCCCUCGGGGGGCCCCGGCGAGCGGGAGGACGGCGGCGGCGGCUACUGCUGCGGGGCCGGGGCGCACCCGGGCGGCUUCCCCUACUCGCCCGGCUCGCCGCCCUCGUGCCUUGUCUACCCGUGCGCGGGGACAUCCGUGCUGUCGCCCGAGGCGCGGCUGCGUGGCCUGAGCGGGGCGGCGGCGGCGGCGGCUGCACGGCGGCGGCGAAGGGUGCGCUCUGAGGCGGAGCUGCAGCAGCUGCGGCAGGCGGCCAACGUGCGCGAGCGACGGCGCAUGCAGUCCAUCAACGACGCCUUCGAGGGGCUGCGCUCGCACAUCCCCACGCUGCCCUACGAGAAGCGCCUCUCCAAGGUGGACACGCUGCGCCUGGCCAUCGGCUACAUCAACUUCCUCAGCGAGCUGGUGCAGGCCGACCUGCCCCUGCGUGGCGGCGGCGCGGGCAGCGGCGGGGGGCCAGGCGGCGGAGGGCGCCUGGGUGGGGACAGCCUGGGCAGCCAGGCCCAGAAGGUCAUCAUCUGCCACCGGGGCACCCGGUCCCCUUCCCCUAGCGACCCGGAUUAUGGCCUCCCUCCCCUUGCAGGACACUCUCUCUCUUGGACUGAUGAAAAACAACUCAAAGAACAAAAUAUUAUCCGAACAGCUAAAGUGUGGACCCCAGAGGACCCCAGAAAACUCAACAGCAAAUCUUCCUUCAACAACAUAGAAAACGAACCGCCUUUUGAGUUUGUAUCCUGA